CUUAAAAUGGAACCUAAUCUACCGAGGCCAGGACAAGACGUCGCGGACUAUCAGAUGCAGGACUUACACACUUGUAGUGAGGGAAAUAUUGAGCAUCUUGAAACAACUGUGAGGGAUGCUCAGAAGAUUCUCAACAAUAAUUCUGCCGCAAAAUAUAAGAGGAGCUCAAAAAUGAUCAACCAGAUGCACCAAGCGCUAAUCAAAGUUAAAGAGGAGACUAGCAGCACUGAUUGGAACUUUCUCAAAACUACUCAUCCCAGCAUUUCUGAUAGAAUUGACCUUCUUCGUACUACAACAAAUGAUCUAUUGGGUGAAUACAAGUGAUUGAUUGCUGCCAAUUCUGAGCACAAAGGUAAAUUUCCCGAGCUUCAAGAUAAUAUGCCAUGUUUGUCAACUGUCAGACCAACUGCUUGCUCCAACCCAGAUCUGGUAAACUUACAAUCUAGAGAUGGACCGAAACACCUUCAGGCCCUUACUUUUGACAUUAUAAGUACUUCAAAGAAAGCUGAUAUUGAGAAUAUAAUCCACAAGAAGGAAGAUACCCUUUCCAAACAUCUCUGGUCUUCCACCACCAAAAGUAUCAAAGGGUUGCGAAGAACCUUUCCCCCAGAUGAAGACUUCUGUAUCUGGAUCAAGCGAAGGAAAGAACGGAACCUGAUUAAGAAAAUGAAAUCUAUAGCUCUUCCAAAAUGUUCAGAGAUAUACAUCUAUGACUGCCUUCCAAAUAGCAAAUAUGCCAAAGUUUUCUUAGAGGAUACCCUGCAGUAUAAUUGAAAAGUCCUUCUUUUCGAGUCAAACGUUAUGACGAGCAUCAAUAGGUUUCUACCUCAGAUAUGCAAGGCGAGUCACCUGAUCACCGAGAAAAUUGUCCUUUGGAGGUUCAGCAUCAAUGCGUCACAUUUACGAAAAAUAUUAGCCACAAAUAAGCUCAAGAGCACCGUCGAAUUUGAAAGAUGCAAGAUAACAUUACCCACAGUUCCUGACCUCUCAGCCUGAUGAAGAGGAGCCAUGAUCGAAGCCCUCUGCUUUGUAGGAUGAGGAGAAGAGACACAUAGCGAUUGGGUUAAUAAUCUCCAAGAUUUUGAAAACCUCAUCCAUGGGCUUUGGAAUUCAGAUUUAAGAGAAAGUCUCAAAGAGAUCAAUCUCACCUGAUGCAAGCUUUCUCAAAGCCAUAUUGACAGAAUCUUCAAACAAUACUGUUUUAGUCACGCUGAGAUUAUUGGCAAUUUCCAUAAAUCAUGUUAAAAUUUGAAUUCUUUACUUCAAACAUAAAUU